GGGUAGGUGAGGGAGGAGAGGGUUGGAGUCUUGGAGAUUCGGAGAAUAUGACGCACGUGCAUCGCACGCUAAAGUGGCUAUACACAGUUUAGUUUUGUGUCGCUCGUUUUCUUCCUCUGCUAUUGUCUUCUUCUUGUUCCCAUCAUCAGCUUCUCCGCCCAUUUCUCAUCUCUCUAUAUAUCACCAACACACAACAACUUCUCUGAUUAUAAUGGCAGAAAUGACAGGGAAAAUUGUUCAAAAUUUACCAAGUGCACAAUGCUGCCAACAAAAUAGGCAGUUUGGCUCCCUAUAUAGAAGGGACCAGUGUGCCCGAUUUAAAAACAACUCGCUUCUCUUUAAAGGAAGGAAGCUUACAUGGACGGGAAUCUCGGCCAUGCAAUUGCAUAAUAUGUCAAACAUUAGCAAAAGAGUUGUUUACUGCAAUGCUUUGCCAUCAGCUACUGUAGUACCAUCACUUGGAAAAGUAGAUUUUCUCAAACUUCAAAAUGGCAGUGAUAUACGUGGUGUUGCUGUCGAUGGUGUUGCUGGAGAACCUAUUAAUUUAACAGAGCCAGUGACACAAGCCAUAGCAGCUGCCUUUGCUGCAUGGCUAUUAGAUAAGAAAAAGGCUGAUGCAUCUAAACGUCUCAAAAUUUCUAUCGGUCAUGAUUCUCGGAUUUCUGCACAAAAGUUACAGGAUGCAGCUUCUCGGGGAAUUGCUGGCGCGGAUUUUGAUGUUGUGCAUUACGGAUUAGCGUCCACACCAGCGAUGUUCAAUAGUACAUUGACCAAAAACGAGGACAUUUUAUGUCCUGUUGAUGGAGCUAUUAUGAUAACAGCAAGCCAUCUUCCUUAUAAUAGAAAUGGAUUUAAGUUCUUUACUAAUGCGGGAGGGCUAGGGAAAGCUGACAUUAAAGACAUUCUAGAGCGUGCCGCAAACAUAUACAACGGUUUUACCCCAGAAUCUUUAAAAGAGGCUGAAAAAAAGGCUUCGCUGUCCAUCAGUAAAGUUGACUACAUGUCUGUAUAUUCAUCUGACCUUGUAACAGCUGUUCGCAAAGCUUCCGGAAACAUAGAAAAGCCGUUGGAAGGAUUUCAUAUAAUUGUGGAUGCUGGAAAUGGAGCUGGUGGUUUUUUUGCUGGAAAGGUGCUGGAGCCUUUAGGUGCUGUUACUUCUGGCAGUCAAUUUCUAGAACCAGAUGGUUUAUUUCCGAAUCAUAUUCCUAACCCUGAGGAUAAGGCAGCAAUGAAGGCGAUUACACAAGCAGUGCUUGAUAACAAGGCUGAUUUAGGGAUCAUAUUUGACACGGAUGUCGAUAGAUCUGCCGCUGUGGAUUCCACUGGUCGUGAGUUUAAUCGAAAUCGUUUAAUUGCGUUAAUGUCUGCUAUUGUUUUAGAGGAACACCCUGGAACUACUAUUGUCACUGACAGUGUUACUUCAGACGGACUUACGACAUUCAUUGAGAAAAAACUAGGGGGGAAACACCAUCGGUUCAAACGAGGGUAUAAAAAUGUCAUCGAUGAAGCUAUCCGUCUGAACUCUGUUGGUGAGGAGUCACACUUGGCUAUUGAGACCAGUGGCCAUGGAGCACUCAAGGAGAAUCAUUGGCUUGAUGACGGUGCAUAUCUCAUGGUCAAGCUAUUAAACAAGCUUGCAUCGGCUAGAGCUUCGGGUCAAACUGGCGGUAGCAAAGUUUUGACUGAUUUGGUAGAUGAGUUGCAGGAACCAGGUGUUGCUGUUGAGCUUAGAUUAAAAAUAGAUCAAAAUCAUUCAGAUCUCAAAGGAGGAUCUUUUCGUGAAUACGGUGAAGCAGUGUUGAAACAUUUGGAAAAUAAAAGUGAAUCGGAUCCUAAGCUUCAAAAAGCUCCCGUUAACUAUGAAGGGAUUCGGGUUUCCGGUUAUGGUGGUUGGUUUCUUCUGAGACUUUCGCUUCAUGACCCUGUUUUGCCCCUUAACAUUGAGGCCCCAAGUAAUGAGGAUGCGGUAAAACUUGGAUUAGCAGUGCUUUCGGCUGUAAAUGAGUUCUCAGCUCUGGAUGUUUCAGCAUUGGCGAAAUUUGUACAACAGUAACGAAGCUCGAGUUUUCUUUAUUUUCUUUUUUUUUUACAAAAUAACUUUUUUGGCGAUUUUUUUUUUGUAAUAAGGGGUUAUUUGUGGUUUGUGUUUUGAAAGCUAUAUAUACUGAUAAUGUGAUAAUAUAUAACCAAACUCAGAUAUCAUAAAACCUAUAAAUAAUUGUCUUUUCCAUAAUUUUUCAUCUCUUGAAAAAUGAGACA